AUGACCGAUCCACAGGAACCCGAUGAGGUUUCCUCGCCUAAAACCCAAGAAUCAAUCACAUUAGUCCCUUCCCAAAUCUUGGCUUCCCCGCUGUUUUCUAAAGACACUUGGCACACUCAUAUUGAAUAUCUGAGCCAAUAUGGCGAUGAGCUAGUCAAUGAUACUCAAGAUCGCGAAACCUUUAAAAGUGUUGGAAAAAACAAAACCCUCGACGAAAUUAUAGUCCUUUGCCAUCAAAUCCACAUGCUCUAUGAGAGUGAUUUGUUACACAUCCUCCAAGACCUCGAGCGCCCACUAGACCAACUCAAUGAUUACAGUAUCGCCCCUACCGUUACCCUUGACCGUUUAAGAUCGACCUUGACUGAGUUACGUAGCUUAGAGAAUAAGUCCAGAGAUUUAGUUUUGAACUUGACUAACUUUUGUCAUGCGGAAAACGUGGCUGGCAGUUUGGUAACCGACUUUCUCGCAUCAAUUGAACGCAAUGUGCUUUCGGCUAUAAUAAAAUAUUGGAUGAAAAGUUGUCGAGAGAUCAUUGGCAAUCUUGAAGAGACUAUUGCUUCUAUGUCCUUGACCAUUCCAAAUCCUAUCCCCCGAGGUCCCACUUCCUUGAAUCCUACGCAAAUCUGUCCUCCCCCCAUUAAUCCCCCGAUACCCUCUCCACCUGUAGUUCCUCAACUUCCUCAAGUCAAUACCUCCUCGACCAAACCCUUAGCCUUCGAACUUUCAAAGGCGAAAAUUCCUCGAUUCAGUGGUAGAAAGGAAGAAUUCCCCAUGUUUUUUGCCCUCUUGAAUGAAGUCAUCAAUUAUAAUAAGGAAUACCCAGAAACAGCGCUUAUCGCUUUCGUUGUUUCGAACCUCAGUGGUGAGCCACUGAAUAGUAUCCAGUCAGUUCCCGUCCGACAAGGUAGUCUAGCUAUCAUCUUGAAAUCACUGGAGGAUCGUUACGGUGAUUCAGAUGAGCAAAUUCAUAGAUUGAUGAAAAUUUUGAAAGAUAAAAGACUGUCCGUCCCCCGAGAUCACAAAGAACUCACGGCUUGGUACUACCAACUCCGUGAUCUCAGUGCAUGUAUCUUGAAAUCUGCAUCUGAGGCCCAAGAAAGUUUGUUCCUGUCUUGUCUCUUUGAUUCCCUCCCGUACAAAAUCCAUGAAGCUAUCGUUGCGACCUUUGAUCGAUCCUCCUUGUCCCCAACAGUGGAGAACGUGAUUAAUGAGUUAGGAGUAAUUGUUAGAACCCGCGACAAAUUACAGUUCCGAGCUGAAGACGCAUCCGAUCGUCGAGAAGCCCGCAAUUUCUUCAAGUCUUCGAACUUUGAUUCCCGUCCCUUCCCCUCUUCACAGAAUGCCCCGUCCCGGGAUUCGUGUGUAUUUUGUUCCCGAAACCAUCGUUCUGAGGACUGUCGUACUGUGUCCGAAGUUUCCCAGCGGCAGCGAGUUAUUAGGCAGAAAGGGUUGUGUCUUCGUUGCCUUAGGUCUAAUCACUCGGAAGCGGCAUGCCGAUCCCCCAGAUGUUCGUGUUGUCAAAAGAAUCAUCAUGUAUCGGUGUGUUAUCAGAAAUUCCCCUCACAGAAUCAGUCUAUGUCCACUACCAAUAAUUCCACGAGUAAUCGUUUCUCCCCAAACUCCUCAUCCUUCCCUAAUCGAUCCAACCAGAGAUCCUCUUUCCCUAAUAAUAGUACUAAUAGUGCUCGGAAUCCGGCGCAGACUCAUUUUCCUCCAAUACCGGUACCACCCGCUCAGAAUUCCCCAACUCCCGAUAUACAGAUUAGAGGCGUUAUCCUUGACCAAUACGAGAGUUUAAUGUCUCCUAAGAUCCUUCUCGAUAAUCACCUUGAUCCAGUUAGAGCCUUUAUCGAUACUGGUUCCGAUGCGACCUUUGUAGAAUACUCUCUUUGCUCCAGAAUGGGUCUUUCCCUUGGUCCUGUCAUUCCCCGAACCGUAGUUCCCGUAGGCGGAGUCAAAACGGUGAUUGAAACUCGUGAGGUAACUGUACCCCUAAAGUCCAAGAAUGGGCCAAUUGUAAGCUUCAGAGCUCUUGCGGUUCCCGACUUACACCAGUUCUUUACUGGUACUCCUUCCCCUCCCGAUAAGUCCCAUAUCCUCUUCGUUUUCGGUCAGGACUCUUUCUCUGAACUUGAAAUUGAAAAAACAGACCAAAUUUCCCCCGAAGGCUUCCGAAUCAUGUCCUCCCGUUUUGGCGAAUUUGCAGUCACGCAAAAUUUUGGGGUGCUGCCUGAAAAUUGA